AUCUGAUCAAAGGUCGCGGGAAGCCCUGCACCACGCGCGUGACAGGAGCUUCAUUAAAACAAUUUUUGUAAACAUAGCUAGUGAAAAUACACUUUUAUAGUUUGUAAUGUUUUAAAAUAGCUGAUUCAUUUUAUUGCGAGUUUACGGGGUUAUUUUUUGUGGUUACUGGUUUCUGGACGAGGAGUUGCUGUGCGGUGCAGCCAUUUUCCGGUUAACUUGUAACGUUAGCUAGUAGGAGUGGUAACGGCGUCAAGCUAGACGUAUAUUAACGAAUGUAGCUAGCUACACGUCUUCUGAGCCCUCUUGCUACUUAUUAUGUUAAAUUUUGCCACCCGUCAAAUCAAGAGAACGUUAACGUGUUCGCGGAAUGUAGGGUUUAGGAGAUCUCUGAGCAAGUUGGUUUACUUUUUGCCGUACUUCUCGUUUGCUACAGUAGCUUGCUAGCUAACGUCAACUUUGCUGUGUUGCUAGCCGACGUAGUUCUUGACUUUUCUGGUGUACAGUGACUCUUGAUAUUACAAGCUAGUAGCUAAUUAUCGUAUGGUGAUAAAUACUGGUGGAUAGCUAAUUUAGCUAGCUAACGUUAGUUGUAUAGUAAUUUACGUGGAUUAGCUAACAGUUGAGUUGGUUUCAAUUUUAGUUAGCUAACUAUAAACAACCACAUUUUAAGAAGAAAGUGAUAGCCAGGGUUUAAAUGAAAAAUGCAGAGUUACAGUUGCAGUCGUCGACAUGGAAGUUUAUCUCCCAACGCCCGACCAAUACGUCAAAAGUUACAGUUUGCACCGAGCGAUGAAGGAGACGAACCGAUUGAGGACGGCAACAACAGCACAGGAGCCGAAUCGGCUUUUGCAGAAAUGGACUCUGCAGUGCAUCAGCGACGGGACAGUGUCGAUAAACGACUCGAGGACAACAGCCCUCUGAAUCGGAUUGAGGAUGAUGUGGAACGGUGCCGGUGGAGCGAAGGAUUCAGUUAUCCGGUUCACCUUCAGUCCCUCAGUAGCGUUAUUUUCACGAAGGGCUCCCCAGCGUCUCCACGGAAAAGCUCUCAGGCGUACGGGAGUUCACCGAAGCGGACAUACAUUCAGGACGACGAGGACUGCUCGACCUCACCUAUUACAGACUGCCCCGACACACCUCCACAUAAAACCGUUAAAAAACUACGCCUUUUUGAUACUCCACACACACCAAAGGUUUGAGAACGUUUGAUGCAGAAAACCUGCAAUUUUUAUUAAACAUACUCGCCAAUAUCAUUUUGACAACUUAGUGCAAUGUAACUAAUGCUAGCUAACAUUUAUGGAGUAGUCGCCAUUUUAUGCAUUUUCUGAUAUUUUCAAGAAUCAAGAUAUUUUUUUCAUGAUAUGAUUUGUGCACCAUGUGCCACCCUUGUAGAAAGUAAGGAAGAAUGUAACGUUAACUAUUUAUAUUGCAUUAACAUUGAUGGAGUAGCUAUGUUUGCCAGUUUAUGCAUUUUCUGAUAUUAAUGCCACUCUUGUAGAAAGUAAGGAAAACAAAACAAAACUAGCUGUCGAAAGGACCCACUUUUGUAGUGGUGUACAAUUACAUACACAGCAGUCAGUCGGCCUCAUUGACCACGUUUACAUGCACACCAAUAUCCCGUUAUUAUUCGGUAUACUCAAGUAUUCUGUUUUUGAGUUUACGCAAAUAAACGUCAUCCCGUUUACAAUAACCCGAAAAGGCUUGUAUCCCGGUUAUGAGAACCGAAUAAGAUGCCUCAGAUAUGCUGAUCUUAAAUGGGAUACUGUAGCAUGUAAAAAUCUUAUCCCAUUUACUGGUGUUUUUCGCGGUGUGCGCAGGCUUCUUUCACCCCCUAAUUUAGACAUGUUUCUUCUUAUAAUUUACGACAUUUGGUAGGCCAUUUGUAUGUCAACUAUAGUUAGAUACAUGCAGCUUCUCUUCUGUCAUAACUUGUUGCCCUAGAAGACUAAAUAAAGUAGUGCUCACCAGAAUGUCUUACAUCGAUAGAAUGCAUUAGUAGGCUAAUCUAGUUAACACCGGUAAAGUUGUCUGUUUUGUUUAGUGAGUGUAGAGAAAUCACAAUAACUCCAUAACAGUGGAAAGAUUGGUCCUGUGCGAAAUGUGGUGGUGGUACUUAGAGAAUUUUUAAGAGCGAUAUGCGCUACUAUCUGCAAUACUGUGCACAUGUAAACUUGGUCAUUGAAACAGCAGGCAAUACUGUGCACAUGUAAACUUGGUCAUUGAAACAGCAGGCAAUACUGUGCACAUGUAAACUUGGUCAUUGAAACAGCAGCAUGGCUUUUGACCAAGGGACGAGGGGUCCAGUCUGGAAGCACGUUUUUGACUGCCCCAUAGAGAAGUCAAAUUUGAAAAUUCCUAAUAAGAAUUAUUGUCACCGGGACGAUAUUUUAAUUUAUUUUCCAUUACUCACAGCCGAAGAUAUUAACAUUUUAUAUUCAUGCUCUGAGUUCAUGACCCCAGCUAGCCAGCGGAAGUGCCGGUUAGCUAGGAUUUUUUGUUGUUGUACUUUUACCCCUUUGUCUCCCCAAUUGGUAGUUACAGUCUUAGACCGCUACGCCACUCGGGAGGCCCCGGUUGGGUAGUUAAGCCAAAGAUUUGUAUAACUAUACCAAGAUAGACCACAGCCUGUCGUUAUCAAUGGAAACAAAUGAGCCAUAGUGGGCAGAACAUGCAAGGAGGGGGGCAGAGCCAAGCACGAGCUAGCGAGAUCCUAUUGGCGUGUUGUAGCAUCAUCUGCAUAUUUCUGUUUGGGAACGCCUACUCAGUGAAGUCGCGUGUGCAAUAAUUAAAUUAGCCUUUGCACUCCUUAUAAACAACCCGAUUUAAUAAAAAAAAUAAAAACACUUUUGCCAAGGGUAAAGUCUACAACCCAUAGUCCACUCUGUUCAUAACAUAUUCUAGUUUUGGGUACAGAACUGUAUUGAGAUCAAAAGUUUCAUAGAUGAGAAAAUUUGCAGAAUGUCUGCCAAAAUCCAUCUUGUUCCAUCUUCUCCCACGGCCCUCCAGUGGGCUUCCUCUCACUACCAUAUUUGGUAGUGAGUGGAAACGCCAAGCGGAUGCUUCACAUUUAUACAUCCAGUGAAAUAUGUCUCAUUGUUCUAUCUGUGGUUAAGCUGUCCAGGUGCUCUGACAGAGUUCUUGGCACUUGUUCGCUGUCUGUCCAGUGCGCACUGAGUGCUAGUGCGCACGCGGAGUAAUCCGAGAAAGAUGGCAGCAACCAUGAAACACGAAUGUCAGUAGAUUACUUUGAAAACAAAGGUCGGCCAUCUUGGAGGCCUCAGUACUUUUGACAGCAGCAUGGCUUUUGACUUAUUUGAAACGUUACAUUUUACAGUCAUUAGUAACGCCCAAUAAUAGUCACAUCCAUUGUCCCACUUUUGUAAUACUGUACAAUUACAUAACACAACAGGUUGGCAGCAGGACCUAAUGACUCAUUGAAACUUUAAACAUUUUCAAAAAUGUAAAGGUAGUUGUUGGUGGAAUAAUAGUAAAGGCCCAGUGACCUAUUUAUUUAUUUGUACUGUGCAGUUAUAUAACGCACAGUCUGUCAGCUGGCCAAAUGACUCAUUGAUUCCAAAUCAGACAUAAUUGAAAGGCAUAUUUUCACUUCAAUUUCACUUCAACUUUACUCAAUUAGUUAUUUAUAUAUGUGAUAAUGUUAUUCCAAUUAAUUAAGGGUAUUUUAGCUUUAUCAAAAGGUUUGUUGUAUAAUAAGUGUCUCAACAUGUCUUGAAUAUGUUAAUUAUGUCAUUCACAGAGUUUGCUGAACAAAGCCAGAACUACCAUCUCAGUGUCCUCAAGUAGGAGAGUGGCCCUCUUCGGGAUUGUGCAAUCCACAGGAAAAUCUGAUCCGGACAGCAGGAGAAGCCAGACCCCUUUGGUCAACAUCAACCCCUUCACCCCUGAAUCCCUCCUCAUCCAGUCUGCCACUCAACAGAGGAACAACAGAAAGAGGGCACACUGUAACGAGUCUGUCACUCAUUAAGCAUUGUUAAAAUAUAGGACUAACUUUAUUUUUGCCAACCAAGUAUUGGACUAUCUAACAAUGGAACUUAGUCCAAUUUUCAACAGAGGAUAAUUGAACACUUGUGUUUUAAUCUUAUUACAUUUUAGUCAUUUAGCAGACGCUCUUAUCCAGAGCGACUUACAGUUAGUGAGUGCAUACAUUUUCAUACUGGUCCACCGUGGGAAACGAACCCACAACCCUGGCGUUGCAAGCGCCAUGCUCUACCAGCUGAGCUACAGGGGACUUAUCGCUUGAUACCUGAAUGUGUCCAUAUGUCGGUACACACAGGUUGUAGCCCAUUGUUAUUUCUAGCCUGGUCGUUAAAUCCGUUGACAAACAUAAGCAAGGCACUUAACCCUAAUUGCUCCUGUAAGUCGCUCUGGAUAAGAGCGUCUGCUAAAUGACUAAAAUGUAAAUGUAAUGAGUACGGCAAAAGUCUGGCAGGAAACCAGGACCCCAUCAUGGUCACUAAUGAACUCUGCCGUGUGUGUGAAGGCCUCCGUGCUGCCCUCUGGUGUGUAGAAUGUAUGCUAACAAACUCUGUCUCAUCUUAUUCAGCUCCUGUGGUGAGGACAUGGAGGCGAGUGACGCUGAAACAGAGGAAGAAGUCAUUCCUCCACCAAAGGUAGUUAUUUUCUUGUCCUGAUUUCUUUAUAGCAUUGUGAUAGCAUUGUGAUCGGCUUGGUUCACUUGCGGGCAUGUUAUUUUGCCCAUCAGCAAAGCUCUCAACCUGAUGUUCAUUUGUGCGUAUCCAGUUAAAUGGAGUGUAAUGUGAAGCAAUGAUAACAUAGUGUAACUAUAUAUUAUUUGGAUUAAUAUGAUUUUCUAUUAAAUCUCUAUACUCAGAGAAUCACCAUGAUGGAGAGCAACAUGAAGUCCAGAUACGCCUCAGAGUUCCACGAGCUGGAGAAGAUUGGCUGUGGGGAGUAUGGUGCCGUCUUCAAGUGUGUGAAAAGACUGGAUGGCUGCAUCUACGCUAUCAAGUGCUCGAAGAAGCCCCUGGCAGGCUCUGUGGAUGAGUAAGUUGGAGUUUCUGUCUGUGAAGCAGGAGCACCCUAUACAUUUAUUGCAUAUGGACACUCUUGCUGAAGCCAGUCUCUAGACUUAAUGCUGGGAAUAGUGAGCUGUCAUAUCCACAGUCUCUAACAGACAGUGAACAUCAAACUUGAAGAAAUGCCUAAUCUUACCACAUCUGUACUUCCCUCCUCCCCCCACAGGCAGAAUGCCCUCCGGGAGGUGUACGCCCACGCCGUGCUUGGCCAGCACCCCCACGUGGUGCGCUACUACUCGGCCUGGGCUGAGGAUGACCACAUGCUCAUCCAGAAUGAGUACUGCAACGGCGGCACCCUCUCGGACGUCACGGCCGAGAACUACCGGCGGCUCGGCUUCCUGUCAGAGCUGGAGCUGAAGGCCCUUCUGCUGCAGGUGACGCGCGGCCUCAAGUACAUCCACUUGUCCUCACUGGUCCACAUGGACAUCAAGCCUAGUAAGUACCUCUAAGGGGAACGCAUGAACCUUUAUAUCAGGAGAUAUUUUGGAAUUAAAAACAAAUUAUGUUUAGCUUUUUAACAGCAAAUAAGAGAAACCAGCACACUGCUCUUGCUCAUAUCAAAUAUUUUUUAUAGUAAAAAUGUUUACAGCAGGAACUCUUGUGAAAAACAUCCCUAUUUCAAUGCAAUUUGUUUGACGUGUUUUUGUCUUUACUUAGUCAUUAGCUAGUUUCCAUCCAAUUGGCUACAGAUUUUCAUGCAAAUAUUCAAAAAUCUGCAUAAAAACAAUAUGCGCAUUUUCCCACCAGAGAUGUUUCCAAAUUGACUUGUUGCAGAUAAAAGGCUAUGCAUGAUGACAUAGUGCACAUAAAAAUACCUUUUGGGGUUAAAUUCCCAUUUACAGACAACAAAAGACAAGUUAAAUGGGUUUUCAUGGCAUUUUCAACUCUACUGAUGGUUUUGUCACACAUUUUUUUUUGGUGUUAUAUAGCGAGUGAGCCCACUCUGGUAUUGGCACGUGCGCUCUAGCCAACAGCGCUAUCUGCUUGCUGUUGGCUAGAGUGCACGUAUAGCCUACUACAUGAGAUUUAUUAUAUUACAUUAUAUUAUUAUUAUUAUGGACAAAAGAGCGAGAUUAUUUGUCAAACAGCAGCCAAGCAUCGAUGAUUAUGUCACCAGAAUAAGACCCUUGAUAUUUAUUGGAAAGGAGCAUCAAGAUCAUCACCGUGCACUUUCACCACCCUGUGAAGGUCAUCAUCCUUUAUUUAAUCUGUAGCCUAAUAAACUGCAGUCGUAGUAGGAGGACCACACAUGUCAUUGUGUGACUCCAAGUUUACUUCGCCUAAUUCAUUUUACCGACAAGAUCCCACCUUGUCUAGCAUAUUUUGUUUUGUCGACAUUUAGAAGUUUACCGAAAAAUGUUGUGUUUUCAUCAGGCCUGUCAUUACGUUUUUUGUACUUUACCCUCAUAAAAAGGUUGGAUGGAAACCUGGUUAGAACUAAUUUGUGUAUUGUCUCUUUCAGGCAAUAUUUUUAUCUCACGCAAGAUGAUUGGCAGUGUAGACGCGUGUGACGAAGAGGAGGACGAAAAGGAUGGACUGGCCACCAGUGUGGUGUACAAAAUAGGUGACCUUGGCCACGUGACGAGGUUGAACAAUCCUCAAGUUGAGGAAGGUGACAGCAGGUUCCUGGCAAAUGAAGUCCUUCAAGAGGUGAGUGUUCUCUCCAGGAGAAACUUAACAGAUCCUCCCUGGCUAAAGUGUAGUAUUUGAUAGUUAAAAUGGUUCUCUACAGCUUUCCUAAUCACGUCAAUCUUUUCUCCCAGGACUACAGUAACUUGACGAAGGCAGACAUCUUUGCCCUGGCUCUGACUGUGAUCAGUGCCUCUGGGGCAGAGCCUAUGCCCACCAAUGGGGACAAGUGGCACCAGAUUCGUCAGGGAAAACUUCCACUCAUCCCACAAGUUCUCUCUCAGCAAUUCCUGAGUCUACUCAAGGUAAGAACGAUAUUAGCCUUUCCUAGUCUAUUGGCCCUGCGCAGCCGAUGUCCAUUUAGCGCGAGUGCGCUGUUGCAAGCCGGCGAUGAACCUCUGGCUGGACUGCAUCUUGUUAGCUACCCACUCAUGCUGCAUAUAGUUUGGCUUACGUUUGCGAACUCCUGGCUUAAGCCACUUGAAUAAUGACACAUGUUAUGUAGACCUAUUGAAGGUGUUAAUUAAUUUACUGUUCGGCAAAACAAUGUCCAUAUACAGGCUACAGCACUUUAACGUCUUGCUAGCUAGCAUAACUUUGCUAGCUAGCUUACAGCUGAAGCUAACGUCAGUUCACUAUCCUAAAACUUUAUUUUGUUUUAAUAUGCAAAGCAAGCUGAUUGUUUCAAACUGUUCACUGGGUUAAAUGACUUUCUCUUUAUUGAGGAACUGUUGCAUGUGAGAGAGGAGUGUCUUGAGUGACUGGUCUGCUCCAGUCUUAGAGACAGUGCACCUUUUUUUAUGAAAGAAAAGAUUAGGCUGCUUCUAUGCAAAUGUUGUUGAUCGGUAGGCUAAUGCAAGUCCCAAAAUGGAAGGGCAACAGAUUGCGUGUCAUCUGUAGCACAAUAGACUCCACUGAAAUAAGCCAAAACAAGCUUAAUAACUCAAUGCAUGCUCACACGCCUAUUGAAUAUGCAUUCACCUGUAUUGUGAGUAGGCCUAUGCCAUCUUGAUUUACCCAGUUUAUCAAGAGCUUUACCAUUCAAAACAAAUUAUUACCAUUAUGUUAUGUAGUUAGAUUGGUAUAUACAAAGUGAAAUGUAUUGUUUGAAUUUAAAAUGUAUUAAUUAACCCUUUACACUUGUGGGAAUUGGCCUAUAUGGAUAGUGCUAAAUUGAAAUGUUUCUUACAGAAGAAAUAUGAAAAGCAUAUGCAUAACCAUGGUAUCACUUGAAAGGGAACAGUUGGGAGAUAAUGGGAAAAUUAUUAGACCAAAGGUGAGGACACAACCGUUAACCUGACACAAGACUGAAUCCAAACAUUAUACUGUUGAUUCUAUGUGCAUUUUACAUUUACUGUACUUUUCGCCGCAUUUGUUGAUACGAAAUCUGAAAAUACUCUGGAUACAUUCAGUAACAUAAGACUAUUCCUGGAAAAUGUGGGGUAGGUGCAACAUAAGACCAAAACAAUUACAAGGGUUUGAGUGAGUGGACUAACUGGUGUCUCCAAGUGGCCACACACCUCUACAAAGUGUGCACAGUUCCUAAGCAAUUUCAAUGCACUUUUAUGACUCUAAGAAGAGUCUUCAACUAUAAGGUACUUUUUUGAGCUCUCCUAGCUGUGCCGUUGAGGAACUAGAGCAAACAUGUAGGGUUGUGACGGUAUUUGAAUAACCGUGUAACUGACGAUUAUGGAUGAAGACCGCCAUGAAAAUAAAAUAAGGGUCAAAACUGUUUUAAAUAGGCCUACUUUCAUUUUUUAAAUUAACUCUAAAAAUAAGUGUUAUUUUCGUCCGAAUAAUUAGGAAGAAAAAAAUACAUACUAGCACGUCUUGUUUAUGACUCUGUUCACAUCAAUUGCGAAAUAUCGUCCUGCCACAAUCCGUCAAUUAUUUAUUCGGAACAGGUUUGAUUUUUUUCCAUAUUUUCGCAUAUGAAAAUAAGCUGUUGACCAAUAGAAAUGAUCUGGGACACUGCCACUGACAGGCCACGCACUGCCACUGACAGGUCUGUUGUGAUUUUUUUAUUUUAUAUUUUAUUUUUACAUUCUUAGCUCAAAGUGUUUUGUAUCAUUACAUACAGCCAGGAAAAACUAUUGGAUAUCAGAGCGACGGUAACUCACCAGAACUACCAGCAUUACGACCAGGAAUACCACUUUCCCGAAGCAGAUCCUUUGUUUGCUCUCCCCAGGGCAAUUUAACUGAUUCCAGCGGCUGACCCAAAAUAUCGCCGGCAGAGGAGAGGCACUCGGAGUGGCCUGCUGGUUCAACUUAGGAGGCGCGCACACCACCCACUGCUUCCAAGUAUAUUACUCGCUAAUGUUCAGUCUUUGGAUAACAAAGUCGAUGAGCUCAGGGCAAAGAUUUAUUUCCAGAGAGGCAUCAGGGCCUGUAACAUACUUUGUUUCACGGAAACAUGACUCUCUCUGGAUAUUCUGUCGAAAUCGGAUUGAGCCAGAUGGGUCCUCAGUUCAUCGCGCAGACAGAAAUGUAUAUCUCUCCGGGAAGCAGAAGGGCGGAAGUGUGUGUUUCAUGAUUAAUGACUCAUGGUGUAAUUGUAGUAACAUACAGGAACUCAAGUCCUUUUGUUCACCCGACCUAGAAUACCUCACAAUCAAAUGCCGACCGUAUUAUCUCCCAAGAUAAUUUUCUUCGGUUAUAGUCACGACCGUGUAUAUCCCCCCCCCUCUCGCCGAUACCACGACGGCCCUCAAAGAACUUCACUGGACUUUAUGCAAACUGAAAACCACAUAUCCUGAGGCUGCAUUUAUUGUAGCUGGGGAUUUUAACAAAGCAAAUUUGAGGUCUAGGCUGCCGAAGUUCUAUCAACAUAUCGACUGUUGUACUCGGGCUGCUAAAAUUCUCGACCAUUGCUAUUUGAACUUCCAGGAUGGUUAUAAGGCCCUCCCCCGCCCUCCUUUCGGCAAAUCUGACCACGACUCCAAUUUGCUCCUCCCUUCCUAUGGGCAGAAACUCAAACAGGAAGUACCCGUGCUAAGGACUAUUCAAUGCUGGUCUGACCAAUCGGAAUCCACGCUUCAAGAUUGUGUUUUGAUCACGUGGACUGAGAUAUGUUCCAAGUAGCUCACGAAAAUAAUUUCGAUGAAUACACUGAAACGAUGACUGAGUUUAUCAGGAAGUGUAUAGGAGAUGUUGUGCCCACUGUGACUAUUAAAAUGUACCCUAACCAGGAACCGUGGAUAGAUGGCAGCAUUCGCGCAAAACUGAAAGUGUGAACCACCACUUUUAACCAUGGCAAGGUGACUGGGAAUAUGGCAGAAUACAGUGUAGCUAUUCACGCCGCAAGGCAAUUAAACAGGCAAAACAUCAGUAUAGAAGUACAAAGUGGAGUCGGAAUUCAACGGCUCAGACACGAGACGUAUGUGGCAGGGUCCACAGACAAUCACGGACUACAAAAGGAAAACCAGCCACGUCACCGUCUUCCUUCCGGACAAGCUAAACACCUUUACCCACUUUGAGGAUAACACAGUGCCACCUACACGGCCCACUACCAAGAACUGUGGGCUCUCCUUCUCCGUGGCCGACGUGAGUACAACAUUUAAGCAUGUUAACCCCCGCAAGGCUGCCGGCCCGGACGGCAUCCCUAGCCGCGUCCUCAAAGCAUUCGCAGACCAGCUGGCUGGUGUGUUUACGGACAUAUUAGAUCUCUCCCUAUCCCAGUCUGCUGUCCCCUCAUGCUUCAAGAUGGCCACCAUUGUUCCUGUACCCAAGAAAGCAAAGGUAUCUGAACUAAAUGACUAUCGCCCCGUAACACUGAUCUCUGUCAUCAUGAAGUGCUUUGAGAGCCUAGUCAAGGAUCAUAUCACCUCUACCUUACCUAUCACCCUAGACCCACUUCAAUUGGGCUUACCGCCCCAAUAGAUCCACAGACGAUGCAAUCGCCAUCACACUGCACACUGCCCUAUCCCAUCUGGACAAGAGGAAUAACUAUGUAAGAAUGAUGUUCAUUGACUAUAGCUCAGCAUUCAACACCAUAGUACCCUCCAAGCUCAUCAUUAUGCUCGAGGCCCUGGGUCUGAACCCCGCCAUGUGCAACUGGAUCCUGGACUUCCUGAUGGGCUGCCACCAGGUGGUGAAGGUAGGAAACAACACCUUCACUUCGCUGAUCCUCAACACUAGGGCCCCACAAGGGUGCGUGCCUAGCCCCCUCCUGUACUCCCUGUUCACCCAUGACUGCGUGGCCAAGCACGCCUCCAACUCAAUUAUCAAGUUUGCAGAUGACACAACAGUAGUAGCCAUGAUUAGCUGUUCAGGAGUCUUAUGGCUUGAGGGUAGAAGCUGUUAAGAAGCCUUUUGGACCUAGACUUGGCUCUCCAGAACCAGUUGCUGUGCGGUAGCAGAGCGAACAGUCUAUGGGUGGCUGGAGUCUUAGACAAUUUUUAGGGCUUUCCUCUGACACCGCCUGGUAUAGAGGUCCUGGAUGGCAGGAAGCUUAGCCCUAGUGAUGUACUGGGCCGUACGCACACUACCCUCUGUAGAACCUUACGGUCGGAUGCCGAGCAGCUGCCAUACCAGGUGGUGAUGCAACCGGUCAGGAUACUCUCGAUGGUGCAGCUGUAUAACUUUUUGAGGAUCUGGGGACCCAUGCCAAAUCUUUUCAGUCUCCUGAGGGGGAAAAGGUGUUGUCGUGCCCUCUUCAUGACUGUCUUGGUGUGUUUGGACCAUGAUAGUUUGUUGGUGAUGUGGACACCAAGGAACUUGAAAUUCUCAACCCGCUCCACUACAACCCCGUCGAUGUUAAUGGGGACCUGUUCGGCCCACCUUUUCCUGUAGUCCACAAUCCACUCCUUUGCCACAUUGCCAGGACUCUGACCUCCUCCCUAUAGGCUGUCUUGUCGUUGAUCAGGCCUACCACUGUUGUGUCGUCAGCAAACUAAUGAUGGUGUUGGAGUUGUGUUUGGCCACACAGUCAUAGGUGAACAGGGAGUACAGGACUGGACUAAGCACGCACGCACCCCUGAGGGGCCCCAGUGUUGAGGAUCAGCAUGGCAGAUGUGUUGUUCCCUACCCUUACCACAUGGGGGCGGCCCGUCAGGAAGUCCAGGAUCCAGUUGCAGAGGGAGGUGUUAAUUCCCAGGGUCCUUAGCUUAGUGAUGAGCUUUGUGGGCACUAUGGUGUUGAACGCUGAGCUGUAUUAAAUGAACAGAUUUCUCACAUAGGUGUUCCUUUUGUCCAGGUUGGAAAGGGCAGUGUGGAGUGCGAUUUCGUGAUUUAUGACCUUGUCUCAUCACUCCCCAACGGGCUCGGGAGAGGUGAAGGUCGAGCCAUGCAUCCUCUGAAACAUGACCCGCCAAGCCACGCUUCUUAACACCUGUUCGCUUAACCCGGAAGCCAGCUGCACCAAUGUGUCAGAGAAAAUUAUUCAACUGACGACCAAAUUCAGCCUGCAGGCGCCCGGCCUGCCACAAGGAGCCGCCGCUAAAGCGCGAUGAGCCAAGUAAAGCCACCCCGGCCAAACCCUCCCCUAACCUGGACGACGCUGGUCCAAUUGUGCGCCGCCCUAUGGAAUUCCUUGUUGUGACACAGCCCCAGGCUGUAGUGACGCCGCAACACUGCGAUGCAGUGCCUUACAUUGAAACGCUACUCGGGAGGUCAAAUUAUAGGUGAUUUCAAUAUGUAUUUCUCCAUUUAUACUACGUGUCAAACUCAUUCCAUGGAGGGCCAAGUGUCUGAGGGUUUUCGCUCCUCACUUGUACUUGAUUGAUUAAUUAAGGUCACUAAUUAGUAAAGAACUCACCUCACCUGGUUGUCUAGGUCUUAAUUGAAAGGAAAAAACAAAAACCCACAAACACUAGGCCCUCCAAGGAAUGAGUUUGACACCCCUGAUUUGUACUGUUCAAUCCAUUUCCAAACAAAAAUAAUUUUCAGCAUUUACAUCAAUUUCUACAUUUCCUGCACUUUUUAUGAUAAUUUCCACUAGCGAUGUCCCCGACCAAAAAAAGAAAUGUUGGUCGACCAAGAGUCUGUUCAAUCGAUUGGUUGAAAUUUUAAAAUAUAUAUACAGUGCCUUGCAAAAGUAUUCAUCCCCCUUGGCAUUUUUCCUAUUUUGUUGCCUUACAACCUGGAAUUAAAAUUGAUUUUUGGGGGGUUUGUAUCAUUUUGAUUUACACAACAUGCCUACCACUUUUAAAGAUGCAAAAUAUUUUUUCUUGUGAAACAAAAAAGAAAUAAGACGAUAAAACAGAACUUGAGCACGCAUAACUAUUCACCCCCCCCCCUCAAUACUUUGUAGAGCCACCUUUUGCAGCAAUUACAGCUGCAAGUCUCUUGGAGUAUGUCUCUAUAAGUUUGGCACAUCUAGCCACUGGGAUUUUUGCCCAUUCUUCAAGGCAAAACUGCUCCAGCUCCUUCAAGCUGGAUGUGUUCCGCUGGUGUACAGCAAUCUUUAAGUCAUACCACAGAUUCUCAAUUGGAUUGAGGUCUGGGCUUUGACUAGGCCAUUCCAAGACAUUUAAAUGUUUCCCCUUAAACCACUCGAGUGUUGCUUUAGCAGUAUGCUUUUUGGAGAAAUGUCCUCUGGUCUGAUGAAACAAAAAUAGAACUGUUUGGCCAUAAUGACCAUCGUUAUGUUUGGAGGAAAAAGGACGCUUGCAAGCUGAAGAACACCAUCCCAACCGUUAAGCACGAGGGUUGCAGCAUCAUGCUGUGGGGGUGCUUUGCUGCAGGAGGGACUGGUGCACUUCACAAAAUAGAUGGCAUCAUGAGGAAGGAAAAUUAUGUGGAUAUAUUGAAGCAACAUCUCAAGACAUCAUUCAGGAGGUUAAAGCUUGGUCACAAAUGGGUCUUCCAAAUGGACAAUGACCCCAAGCAUACUUCCAAAGUUGUGGCAAAAUGGCUUAAGGACAACAAAGUCAAGGUAUUGGAGUGGCCAUCACAAAGCCCUGACCUCAAUCCUAUAGAGAAUGUGUGGGCAGAACUGAAAAAGUGUGUGCGAGCAAGGAGGCCUACAAACCUUACUCAGUUACACCAGCUCUGUCAGGAGGAAUGGGCCAAAAUUCACCCAACUUAUUGUGGGAAGCUUGUGGAAGGCUACCUGAAACGUUACCAAAUACUAAUUGAGUGUAUGUAAACUUCUGACCCCCUGGAAAUGUGAUGAAAGAAAUAAAAGCUGAAGUAAAUCAUUCUCUCUACUAUUAUUCUGACAUUUCACAUUCUUAAAAUAAAGUGGUGAUCCUAACUGACCUAAAACAGGGAAUUUUUACUAGGAUUAAAUGUCAUGACUUGUGAAAAACUGAGUUUAAAUGUAUUUGGCUAAAGUGUAUGUCAACUUUGGACUUCAACUGUAUGUAUAUACAUACAUACAUACACACACACCACCACCAAAUACAUCAAAACUAUGAAAUAACACAUGGAAUCAUGUAGUAACCAAAAAAGUGUUAAACAAAUCAAAAUAUAUGGGAUGGCGUAACACUGCAGAAUUCUGUGGUAACCAUGCUGGUUAAAUGUGCCUUGAAUUCUAAAUAAAAUCACAGACAGUGCAACAGCAAAGCACAUGCCGAGAUCACCCGUUCACCCACACUGAGUCUUACAUAGAGACGGCGGUUGGAACCAAACAUCUCCAAUUUGGACUCCAAAACCAAAGGACACAUUUCCAUCGGUCUAAUGUCCAUUGCUCGUGUUUCUUGGCCCAAGCAGGUCUCUUCUUCUUAUUGGUGUCCUUUUAGUAGUGGUUUCUUUGCAGCAAUUCGACCAUGAAGGCCUGAUUCACACAGUCCCCUCUGAACAGUUGAUGUUGAGAUGUGUCUGUUACUUGAACUCUGUGAAGCCUUUAUUUGGGCUGCAAUUUCUGAGGCUGGUAACUCUAAUGAACUUAUCCUCUGCUGCAGAGGUAACUCUGGGUCUUCCAUUCCUGUGGCGUUCCUCAUGAGAGCCAGUUUCAUAUCGCUUGAUGGUCUUUGUGACUGCACAUGUUCCGUAUUGACUGACCUUCAUGUUGUAAAGCAAUGAUGGACUGUCAUUUCUCUUUGCUUAUUUGAGCUGUUCUUGCCAUAAUAUGGACUUGGUCUUUUACCAAAUAGGGCUAUCUUCUGUAUACCCCCCUCCCCCCCUACCUUGUCACAACACAGCUGAUUGGUUCAAACGCAUUAAGAAGGUAAGAAAUUCCACAAAUUAACUUUUUUUUUUAAAGACACACCUGUUAAUUGAAAUGCAUUCCAGGUGACUACCUCAUGAAGCUGGUUGAGAGAAUGACAAGAGUGUGCAAAGCUGUCAAGGCAAAGGGUGGCUAUUUGAAGAAUCUCAAAUAUAAAAUAUAUUUUGAUUCGUUUAACACUUUGGUUACUACAUGAUUCCAUAUGUUAUUUCAUAGUUUUGAUGUCUUCACUAUUAUUCUACAAUAUAGAAAAUAGUAAAAAUAAAGAAAAACCCUUGAAUGAGUAGGUGGCCCCGUGUAGCUCAGUUGGUAGAGCAUGGCGUUUGCAACGCCAGGUUUGUGGGUUCGAUUCCCAUGGGGGGCCAGUAUGAAAAUGUAUGCACUCACUAACUGUAAGUCGAGUGUCUGCUAAAUGACUAAAAUGUAAAUGUGUUCUAAAACUUUUGACCGGUUGUGUGUGUGUGUGUGUGUGUGUGUGUGUGUGUGUGUGUACAUACAUACAUGCAUACAUACAGAGUUGCGUAUCACAUAAUUUUUUUAAAUGAAAUACUGUCAUAGAAGGUAAAGUAAAAUCUCAAACCGGUCCAUGCAUCAAUACUGGUAUAAAGUAAAAUACUGUAUACCGCCCAGCCCUAUUUGGAGCUAAGGCAAGGUUUUUAAUACAUUUUUGGGAAAGGACAUAUGUGAGUUGCUUAUGUGUCUGAGUGAGAUUUGCUGCAAGCAGCUUUGAUUGAUGGGUCCUUUCCGGUGGGUGGGUGUGCGUUUAUGGGUUCAUAUUCUCUAUGUCCAUUCAGAAAGUUUCCUAAAAUAGGCCUAGCCUGUCUGGACUUCAUCUCUUUAAUCAGAUAGAAAAAAAUAUGUCUCGUUACAGGCUCAGCAUAUGUGCGAGAAAUGACGACAGUUGUCAGUUUAGCGUUUCCUCUCUUGGGUGCAACUGAAUGAAACGUAGCCAAGCUCCUUUCAUGAUUCAUCCUAUAGGAUGCAAAGCCUAUAUCCUAAUAUUUUCAGUAGCAUAUUAUAUUUCCAGUAAUAUAUGAUUUCUCUCAUUACUGCGUCCUCUCUAGCCACUUUGAACAACAUAUUGCCACAGAGAAUGAACGCAGCAGUGUUGGUGACGUUAUGCAAAUUGUUCGGAAAAGUGGAGGGAAAAAAGCAUCGGACUUUAAUGGUUUAGUGCGUCAAAAUCAGAUUUUUUUAAAAUUCCCCCUCCAAUCUGACAUUUCUUAAUUUGUAUAUUAGACUAAUAUUUAGAGGUAAUAAAUAAUAAUGAAAUGCUACUGAUGAUAACUAAGUGUUAUAGUGAAGUCGCAGAGAAAAGCCACGUUUCUUGUAUACAUGGAUGUCUCUGGGAAAUGUUGUCAUUAAAAUCUUCAAAUGUAAUGAUAUUGAAUAUCGGCAUAAAAUAUCGGCCUCCUUGACCCCCGAAAAUCGGUAUUGGCAUCAGCCCAAAAAAAUCUAAUUGGUCGUUCUCUACCUAAUACCUUUGCUUAUACUUUCCUGUACCACUGCCGUUCAGUGGUGCUCACUGUCCUUGUAUAGGACAAACUGAUAAAGCUGUGUGAUAUUGAAAGGGAUACAAUUUAUUUGAAGUAAGCAUUUCACGGUCAAGUCUUCACCUGUUUGUAUUCAGUGCAUGUGAUAAAUACAAUUGUAUUUGAACUGUGCUCUCAAACAUCCAUUGGAUUGUGUUAGGCUAUUCAUUAUUGCUAGCUAGUGCUAACCUUUUUUCUCCCUCCCCCUGCAGCUGAUGAUCCACCCUGACCCCGCCAGGCGGCCGUCCACCUUUGACCUCAUCAAGCACCCGGUGCUGUUGACGGCAGCUAGAAUGAGUGCGGACCUGCUCCGUGUGGAACUCGAUGCAGAGAAGUUCAAGAACGCCCUGCUUCAGAAGUAAGUACAGAAUGGCACUGAAACCAAGUGAAACAACGAUUGGAUAUAACACAAUGUUUUUCCUGGAAGGUUGUUGCUUUUGUCAACACUACUAAAGGCAGUGGUUAGCUAGUUCUUGCUCUUACAUCGGCAUACAGAACCUAGUUUGAGGAGCGGAAUAGCCUAUAACCUGUCAGACAGCUUGAGAACAGCUCCUCUAAAAGCUGGUACAGGAGUGAAACGUGCUUUUGUAAGCCCAGUCCGUGCACAACAAUUAUAAAUGCAAUGGCGUGUUAAACAGUUUUGAUGGCCACGAUAUUAAAAACAGCUACUAUUUUUAUUUCUUAAUCACGACUCGUAAUUAAAGUGCGCUUUCCAUUCAAGUGCAUAGACUAUAGUCAAUGGUAGGCAGGCUAUCAGCGCGUCACCCACCACUGCAGUAUGAGCUUGAGGCAGUAUAAUUGUUUAAACCUGAAUGUUUUACUUUACUUCCAAUAAUGAGGCAUGUCUUACCUUGCUUCAAAGUAGGCUAGCCAAAAUCCAACCAUAGAAACGUGGAGACAAUUAUUUUAUGAAGACUUCCUUGGGCCAUUAACCCGGCUUGCUAUUGUUUCAUGUUUCCAUUAAAUUCUUAAUGAAACAUGUCAGUUCCUUGAAUGCAUGUAUAGUAUUUUCUGUUUGUCACGUCAUUUUACUGUUUGGAAAAUGUUUUUACCGGUUAAUGAGGGUCGGUUAGUCUGCAGCAAAAUUUACAAAAAUGUGCAUCUCUAAUUCAGGGUUUGUCUAACUGUUCUACAUUGCUUUCCCCAGGGAGCUGAAGAAGGCCCAGAUUGCCAAAACUGCAGCUGAUGAGAAGGUUCUAUCUACGGACAGAGUCCUGACCCGCUCCACUGUCCAGUCCAACCCCCAAACCUCCAGACUCGUCGGCAAGAAGAUGAACCGCUCAAUGAGCCUGACCAUUUACUGA